CCAUAUCAGAUUCUGCGAAAGGAGCUACUCCUCAACAUCGCGAUUCAGUGCACACAGCAACAAUUCUUCAGGAGGCCUAUUUGACGCAGUGAGCACACAGCAUUAUCAUAGACCUUCAACAUAUACUGUAAGAAUAGGAAUACCUGUAGGACCAAACGAGGCUGCGGAGACAGAACAGUCCCACACCGUCCCGAAAUUGCAGCUACAGGCAAACGCACAGGCUAAGUCCGAGUCCCACAAGCUGGCUGCACUGCAGUAUUUGAUAUCGAGUGGAACGAGCGAACCGAGGAUAGGUGCUCGAGCCCGGCUACGGGAGAAUGGCAAAGCGGAAAGCUGAGCACGAUGCCGAGGGUGCACCGGCAGCCAAGGCUCGUCGCCCGAAUGGCUACUGGCGUCCAUUCAACACCUGGUGGCGCGUCUACCAGGAGGACCACGGUCAGCGGCCCUCGGUGAAGGACAUGACUAAGUGGCACACCGCAAACGCCAAGGCUGCGUGGGGCUCUGCGGACGUGCCGCCGCUAACGGACAUGCUCAAGACGGCCAAGGGCCUGCGGCCGCUGCAGCUCGUCCGGAAGUAUUUCUGCGAGUACCGCCGGAAGAACCGGGAGGCCAAGGUGGUAGGCGAGUCGCCGCUUAAAGGCGUGUCCGCUGGCCCCGUGAGCAAGCCGAGCUGCGCCGCCAAGCCCUGCGGCGGCCGCGGCGGCUCGAGCAGCAGUGAGGACGAGGGCCCUGGCUCCGACGCCGAGUCCGACAUGACGGACAUCGAAGACGCGGUGCUUGCGCAGCUGGUUGAAGACGUGGAGGAGGCUACUGGCGGUCAGCAGCAGCCCCAGCAGCCCGGCUUCCCAUCGCACCUGGUCAGCGGUGCCACAGCCGCGCGGCAGGCCUACAACGUGGCCUGCGCUGCCGCUAUAAUGGCUGCUGCUACCGCGGCGGCCGCCGCCGCGCACGCCAUGCACGCGCCCACUGCCGGCUUCGAGAGCCAGGCUGGCACCAGCGGCGGCGCACAGGAGUCGGAUCAGGAGGCGCUGUGCUACACGCCGCAGCCGGACGUGGAGGCCUUCGGUGCGAGCCUGGCUCAUCAGGGCUCAUGGCUGCAGAGUGUACAAGAGGCCGCCGCCACCGCGGCACUGGACCCCGCCGGCUUGGGCUUCACACAGCCGCCGGCCGCGCACGCAGGCGACAGCCACGCGCCCAGCCCGGCGGGCGCCGCCACCUCGCCGCCCAUGCCCUCCGCCAUUUGCACCAUGCCCUCCGCACCCGCGUGCGAGGGCGCCGCCGCGUUGCACCUGCCUCGCCACCAGCUCGGCGGUCAAUGCGGCGGCACUGCCGGCAGCGCGCCCCUGCGCUCAUACGGCAGCGUGCCCCCGCCGCCCCUGCCGCCGCACGUGCAAUACCCGCCGCCGCCGCCGCCGUAUGCCGGCUGCCCGGCGCACCCCGCCUACCCGUACGGUUACCCGCACGGGUACAGCGGCUACGGCGGCUAUACUGGCUACGGCGGCUACGGCUACCCGCCGUACGGCAUGCCGCCGCCGCCGCCGUACGGCUACGCGCCCGCGCCGUACGGGCGCUACAGCAGCAGCGCCUCUGCACCGCCGCCGCCACCCUACGCGCCGCCGCCCUACCCCUACCCCUACCCCUACGGGCACGGCAUGCCGCCCGGCUACCCGCAGUACGGGCACCCGCAGCAGCCCGCCGCUGCCGCCACCGCGCAGCCGCACCCGCACCUGCACCCCCACGCCAGCGGCCCCGCGGCCUCGCACGAGGAGGCUGGCAGCAGCCUGACGACCUUUCACGAUGACGUCGACCUCGACGCCGUGCUCGAGGCGGAGAUGGGCGACCACGACCAGCAGGUGCAGCAGCAGCAGCAGCAGCAGCAGCAGCAGCAGCAGGCGACGCGGCCCAGCGAGGGCGGCAAGACGGACGCCUUUGCCGACCUGUGGGUGCGCUGGGAGGAGGACACGGGCGCCGACGCCGCGCCGGCGGUGUGCAAGGACGCCACUGCCUCGGGGCCGGGCAUGCAGCCGCGCACGCGUGUGCCGGUGCACGUGUUCCACGAGUAAGCGCGCGCGUGUGGGCAUGUGCGGCUGUGAUUGCGGCAACUACGGGCAGGAGUGGCAGCAACGCUGCGGGCGGCGGCGUGGAGCUCAGCUUAAAACAUUUACUACACACUCUGUGCGGCUGCUGGCCGGGAUGCCUAGCAGCCGUGCGGGUGCAGUGCCAAUGGGCACGCUAUUGCAGGAGGUGCAUUUACGAGCCGCGUGCGGCUGUGAUGCCGUGCAACACGUUUGAGUUUUGCGGGGCGCACAAUGGCGACCAACAAUUCAUUGUGACUGUACUCUUAAGGCGACCCUUCACGGGUUCCCGCCUGAAUCGCGGAACUGGCACAGGUUCUGGGUUUAUGGUGGGCUGAUCGGUGGCGCUGCCAGGUGGCGGAGCGGUUAUUCAUUUUUUUACCGAGAGGCGUGUGAGUGAGUGUGUUUGCCGUCCUUUCUAUGAUUAGGGUAGGGCCAACUGACGCAGCAGCCCCAUUCCUUGACCUAGCGGGUAAAGUAGCGCUGUGCGUUUUGGGCCAGCAAUGCCUUAGGGUGCGAUACGUGCACCAGAGGAUUCCUUGACCUCACGCGUCAUUGCCAUUAGCGUCUAGCAAGGGCUUGACCCAUAGAGAACAAACCUCAUGCAGCUUAUUGUGCUGCUCCCUUCUAGCGCAAUAGCGCCUGCCUCAGUACGGCACAAUUGAUUCGGCUGGUGGUGUGUACCAUUGUUUGCUAGCGCCUGUGCUUCGGGCCUUAUUUCAAGCGGCGUGCGAUGCGCACGUGUACUUUUAGUUUGUGCCGUGGUUGACGAUUGCUCACCACGUCGUGGCGCCUGUGACGUCUCCUUCUUGGUGUGUUCGGGACCAUGCUUGAACCUUUCAAAGUGAGGUUGCUGAAUUGCAUACCUCGCCAAGCCCCACGGGGCCCUCGGAUACUUCCCGGUGCUUGUCCUAUGCAGGAGGUGCUGUGAGUGUGACGCAUGCAGCCCUCCACGUUGCCCCGUGCCCUGUGUCCUCCCAUGUGGAGGCCGGGCGCCAUACACCUCACCGUCACAAACUGUAAGCAUGUGAGAGG